UACCAUCCAACCUCAGAGCAUCGUCACAUUGGUGGUGGUUCGGUUUAUCAGAAGCACAAGACGAUCGUGGUACCAUCUGCGUCGAGUGCGGUGGUGACUGGCAGCAAGCCGACGCUGCCCGCACUGCAAAAUACAGCGAAAAGUCAAAAUAUGAUUGAGGUAUUGGCUCGAGGUGGUACCAUUGAAACGGCAACCAUACCGAUUGCAACGAGUAGUAGUGCUAUUGGUGGCGGAUCUUCGACCUCAUCUGGUGUUUCAUCAGCAUCCAAGCAUCUCUCCUCAUCAGUGUCAACCCUUUCAGCUGUUGGUCAAGGUGUUGAAGUGCGACAACACAUCGCUAAAAGCCCAUCUGAUGAAUCACUCAAAUCACAUACCUCCUCAUCGGGUGGCAGCGGUGGAGGGACGAACUCUGUCGGAACAGCCAAUUCGGGUGCGACUGUUGGCAAUAAAGGCUAUCGACCCGAAGAUGCAGUGCGUACAUUCGGUAAUAAGUUGAGUGCUUACGAGAUAUCCGAGAUUUACAACUAUCCGCGAGUUUAUUUCGUUGGAUCUCAAGCGAAGAAACGCGGUGGUUUGGUUGGUGGACCGAACAAUUGUGGGUAUGACGAUGAAAUGGGUAGUUAUUUAUUGGUCGCACACGAUCAUAUCGCUUAUCGAUAUGAGGUGCUCAAAGUGAUCGGUAAAGGAAGUUUUGGUCAGGUGAUCAAAGCAUACGAUCAUAAAUAUCAGCAGUAUGUUGCACUUAAAUUGGUACGCAACGAGAAACGAUUCCAUCGACAGGCUGAAGAAGAAAUUAGAAUUUUGGAUCAUUUACGGCGGCAAGAUCAAGAUGGAACACGCAACAUCAUACACAUGUUGGAUCAUUUCAAUUUCCGUAAUCAUAAAUGUAUCACUUUCGAAUUGAUGAAUAUCAACCUGUAUGAACUGAUCAAAAAGAACAAAUUUCAAGGAUUCAGUUUACAGCUGGUGAGGAAAUUUGCUCAUUCAAUGUUGCAAUGUCUUGAAUUGUUGAAUCGUAAUCGUCUUAUUCACUGUGAUCUAAAACCGGAAAAUGUCCUUCUGAAGCAACAAGGAAGGAGUGGCAUUAAGGUCAUUGAUUUCGGUUCGUCAUGCUUUGAUGAUCAACGAAUAUAUACUUAUAUUCAGUCGAGAUUCUAUAGAGCUCCUGAAGUGAUAAUGGGUGGUAAAUACGGAAUGCCUAUCGAUAUGUGGUCGUUGGGAUGUAUUCUUGCUGAACUUCUCACCGGAUAUCCUUUGCUGCCGGGAGAGGAUGAAAGUGACCAGUUAGCCCUGAUAAUGGAGUUGCUGGGGAUGCCUCCGGCCAAAGUAACGGAUAAUUCGAAGCGAACCCGUAACUUUAUUUCAUCAAAAGGAUAUCCACGUUACUGUAGUGUAACACCGAUGCCUGACGGAACGGUUGUACUCGGUGGAGGGAGGUCAAAAAGAGGCAAACCGCGAGGACCACCAGGUAGUAGAACUUGGACUGCGGCACUCAAAAAUCAGGGUGAUGAACUAUUCAUUGACUUUCUGAAACGUUGUUUGGAUUGGGAUCCGGAUGCUCGUCUUACACCACAACAAGCGUUGAAACAUCCUUGGUUGAGAAGACGUUUGCCACGGCCACCUGAGUCAAAUCCUAAUCAUAUUUGUUUGGAAACGAACACAACUGACACAACUGUGAACGGAUCGAAGCUAACUCGGAUGCCAUCAUGA